AUGGCAGACGCAAAUCCACACAUUGCGCAGACGCUGCUACAUCGCGCAUUUUCUCCUUCGACUGCAGAAUCACACUACCAUGAGCGCGUCAUAAAGCGCCCCCUCCACGUUCGCGCAACCUCGCCUACGCCGUCUGCACGCGCAGUCCGCCGCCGCGCUCUCAACGAGCGCAAACAAGCCGCCAGGAAGCGCAGCAAGAACCAGCCCCGUCCGCUAUCCGCUGCGAAGAAACGUGCAUUGUGCCUGAACGAGAUACCCAAGGAGCAACAGAAGUAUGCCAUCUACGACGGAUUACACAAUUUGUGGGUGGGAUACAUGCGGGAGGUGCUAGGCCUGAACGACGCUGCGAGGAAUGUGCUUGUCACGCCAAACGCAAGUGGGCAACUGCUUGCGACUGCCGACAUGCACGGUGCGCUUGUGAGUGUGGUGAGAAGCCGCUGCGUGAGCCGCGUAGGCUUGGAGGGCAUCAUCGUCCGUGAUACGAGAUUUACAUUCGAGAUCAUCACGAAGAAUAACGCUGUGAAAUCUAUACCCAAGGAACACACUAUCAUUCGCUUUGAGUUGCCGCUUCCGGUCGAAGAAGGAAAGGAGCCCAUGAAGCCACUGGUCUUUGAGCUCAACGCCGAACAAUUCCAGACAAGAGCGGCUGAUCGCGCGAACAAGAAGUUCAGGAUGCACUACCAGCCCGACAUAUGA